CCGCCUUCUUAAAUCACUACACCCGCCCGCGCGCACUAAAAUCUCACCAUCAGCUCUCUCAACAGAAAAACACAAUCCCUAAUCUCACACUGAAAAUGUCGUCGUGGAAAAUAUUCUCCGACUCCGGAAACAAUUUCCGAUGGGAAGUCACCGGCCAAAUCAUACACACGAAACCCGAACCUAAACAAAGCGGAGCCCUAAUCCCACCUUCCAGCUCCAAAACUCACCUCCCUUCCAUGGCCGAUCUCUUACUCCAAGGAUGUCCGAAACUUCUAGAGAACGGAAAUGCACCGAUUUUCCGCACAGGAUCAGGGAAAUCGGUUGCGUUAAAGCAGUCUUCGAUUGCGAAAGCGUUAUCUGUCCUCAGAGACGAUGAUGAUGCAGCUUGUGGGGGAGAGAAUGAAUUUAGUUUUUCGAAGCUUCGCAAAAAAGGGAAUGAAGAUAAUGGAAAUGCACCAAUUUUCCAUACAGGAUCAGGGAAAUCGGUUGUACUGAAACAAUCUUCGAUUGCAAAGGCGUUGUCUGUUUUUGGUGAUGAUGAUGGAUAUUCUGGCUAUCCAGGUGAAGUGCAUGGUAGAAAUAACGAACCUUGUUUCUCUAAUUCUCUUUUCCAUACUGGAUCUGGGAAAUCAGUUGAUAUAUCUUCUGCUGGUUUGGUUAGAGCGAAGAGGUUGUUGGGAGUGGAGGAAGAAAAUUAUAGUUCUAAUUUUCAAGGAUUUAAAUGUCCAAGGAAAUCUUCCACUGUCAAUGAGCAAUUUGGGUGGCGGGAUGUAACGCAUUCAGGGACGAAAGUCAGUAUGAAAAAUAAUGGGGUUAUUGGUGAUGAUUUGCCAGCUCCAAUGUCUUCUUUAGUUUCUAAGACUGUUAUUUUAGAAAGUGAAUUGACGAAGGAGGUCAAUACAAACUUGUUGGAACCUGAAAUACAAAAACCACCUCCAAUUAAAUUCCAUACUGCCGGUGGAAGAUCCCUAUCUGUUUCCAGUGAGGCAUUGAAACGUGCAAGGAGUCUUCUUGGUGACCCAGACCUAGGAACUUUCUUAAAUGAGGGAGAUGCAGUUGAUCAGGGCCUCUCAGUUUUUGAAGAUAGCGGAUUUGGUGAUGCUUCAUCAAACAAGGAAAAUGGUUUUUACUCUGCUUUUACCCAUCCUAGAGCCUCAAGUAAACAUAUCUCAAAAACUUUCAUUUCAACUCUUAAAUCAUCUGCAAACCAUGUCCAGUCAUCUAUUAAUCCAAAAAAUGUUAUUUCGGGGAGUAACUUGAUAAAGAAAUUUGAUGCUGUUCACAAUGACAGCAUCUGCAAAGUUAGAAACAACGCAACUCAUGUACAGAAGCUUGUAAGGAAUGGGCUCUGUACAUCUGCUACAAUGGUUGCUAAUUCUCUGGAUAAAGUUACUGGCUCAAGGAUGAAUUCACUUCAAAGGACUAGCUCCAAGAUGAAUCCACUUCAAAAGCCAUUGUGUGCCCCGUUGCCUGAUAUUUCAAAUACAAUUGGCACAGCUUACUCAAAUAAUGGACAAGCUAAUGGAGAGAAGAGGAAACUUGGAAGAGGGAUUUCUAUUUCUCCAUUUAAAAAGCCCCGCAGUUCCAAAUUCACCACCCCUUUGAACGGGAAUGUCUCAUCUGUUCCCAGUGGUUUAUCUACUGUAUCAUAUGAAAGUUCCAGCUGUAGAAGAAAAGUUUCCACUAGAUAUCCUUUCCAGGUUCCUAGAAUAUAUAUCAAGGAAUACUUUGGAGGCCAUUUAUCAGAUAAGCACCUGUCGGAGUACUUUACAGAUCAAUUAAGACAGAUCAAGUCAAAUAAUGCAGAUAAGUACAUGUUUUGUGAUGAAUCUGGCCGAGAUAGCAUAGGAGCUGAAGCAUUCUAUGACAUGUUACUUCAGUCUGGAGCUUUGUCACAAUAUGCUUCUAAAGAGUGGGUUAUAAAUCAUUACAAGUGGAUAGUUUGGAAACUUGCAUGUUAUGAGAGAUGCUGCCCAGAAAAAUCUGCUGCAAAAUUUUUGUCAGUCUCCAAUGUGCUUGAGGAAUUGAAGUACAGAUAUGAAAGAGAAGUAAAUCAUGGCCAUCGAUCUGCAAUUAAGAGAAUUCUGGAAGGGGACGCACCACCUUCUUCAAUGAUGGUUCUGUGCAUUUCUUCCAUCUACUUCGGUUGUGAACCAAAGGUAGAGGUUCCUUCAGUGGCAUCGGACGGGGCUGAACAUAGUAAUGCUGCAAAACUGGAACUGACUGAUGGGUGGUAUUCAGUGGAUGCGCUUCUGGAUAUAUCACUUUCAAUGCAUCUGGAUGCUGGGAAACUGUUUGUGGGACAGAAACUUCGAAUAUGGGGAGCAGGAUUAUGUGGCUGGGCUGGUCCUGUGUCAUCCUUCAAGGCAUCGAAGACUGUUAGUUUGUCAUUGCAUAUAAAUGGGACUUAUAGAGCUCACUGGGCUGAUCGAAUGGGAUUCUGUAAGGGAAUUGGUGCUCCUUUGGCUUUUAGGUGCAUCAAGAGUAAUGGUGGUCCUGUCCCUUGGGUGUUAGUUGGAGUCACACGGGUUUACCCUGUUCUAUACAAGGAUAAUAAUGGCAGCAGAACUAUUGUGAGAUCAGAGAGAAUGGAGGCUAAAGUGGUGCAAUUGAAUAACCAGAGGCGUUCAGUUAUUAUAGAGGGUAUUGUUUCUCAGUUUCAAAGAGGGAUGAAAAGUUCUAACAUAUAUACUGAUAUUGAUAGUGAAGAAGGAGCUAAAAUUUUUAAAAUUCUUGAGACAUCAGCUGAGCCAGAAGUACUAAUGGCAGAGAUGAGUCCACAGCAACUAGCAUCAUUUGCGUCUUAUCAAUCAAAACUAGAGGCGUCAAGGCAACUGGACAUGGAGAAAGCAAUUGGGAAAGCUUUACAGGAUGCUGGCUUAGGGGAGAGAGAAGUGACCCCAUUUAUUAGGGUCAGGGUAGUUGGGUUAACUAAUUAUCAAGAAAAGGGCGCCGGCGCCCCUAAAGAAGGCUUAAUAACAAUUUGGAAGCCGACUGAGAAGCAGAAAAGUGAUCUUGUCGAGGGGCAGGCUUAUGCUGUAGCAGGACUAUUACCCGUGAGUUCUGAUUCAAAUACACUUUACUUGCAAGCAGGAGGAUCUACAACCAAAUGGCAACCUUUAUCUUCCCUGGCAAUGCAACAGUUUCAGCCAUUUUUCAGCCCUCGAGUACCAGUAUUGUUGUCAAAUUUGGGUGAAGUUCCUCUUUGUCGUGAAUUUGACAUUGCUGCACUUGUGUUGCACGUGGGAGAUAUUUAUACAGCUGCUCAGCAAAAGAAACAGUGGGUGUUUGUGACUGAUAGCUCCAUUUCUAGAUUUGAUUUAGAGGAUACGUCAAAGUCCUUAUUGGCCAUCAGCUUCUGCUCACCAUACAUGGAUAACGAUUCAUUUACACCAAUCAACUACAAUCUUGCUGGAUCCACAAUUGGCUUGUGUAAUCUCAUCAAGAGAGCAAAGGACGAAACAUAUCAUCUCUCGAUAGCUGAAGCAACAGAAAAUUCGAUCUAUUCUUUGAGUUUUGAUUCCUCCAAUUUUUUGCACCUUAAAAAUGCUGCUGCCUCUACUCGAAGCUGGGCCAAGACCUCUACCUCGAUUAUUAAUAAACUUAAGGAGAGGGUUUUAUUUAUUAUUGGUGAUUGAAAAGGCUAGAAGUUGGAAGGGGACACUAUGAACUGACAAAUGCAGAAAAGGAUUUCAGAAUACUGCUAGUGAGAAAGACCCUCAGCAUUAUUUUUGGGUAUGAUACUGGUUUGGGGUUCACAUGCAUUCCAUGUUUUUGAAUUAAUCACAUUCUCGAAGCAGAUUUUUGCUACACCACCACGGGUUGAGCAGCUGAAGUUCUCCAGGAGAGAUCUGUAAAUAUCAAUCGUGCAAGGUUGUCAUGUAUGGCUCCAUCACUCCUAUCGGCUUUUGUUAAUGCUCAAUGUUGAGUACAGUGGAUGGGGAAGGGCUUGAGUUAAGCAUCUCGGAAUUGGUUAGCAUUCACCACCGGAUGGAGAUGGUCUGUACACAUGGCAACAUUUUUGGUAUAGUGUACGAUAUAUAAAUGCAACUGAAACAUCUAUGUAAAUAAUUAAGAACCAAUAAUGUUUGGUUCAGAGCCCAUGUAAUGUCAGAACUCAAUUUGAUAUGCUGCGUUAUAAAGUUGAAGAAACUACAU